AUGGAUGCGCAGUCCGAAGCGAGCACAUUAAAUUGUUUGAUGAAACAUAUGGACGAGGAUAUGCCAAAAGAAUGCGAGCAGCGACUUCUCGAAGUGCAGUACUUUAUGGCGCGAGAUUGGACGCUGGAUCCGGAGCUCUAUUCCGCGUGCCACGAGGAUGCUGUCGCAAAGUAA